AUGGAUAAGCUCGUCGCCCAGUACUCGCGCCCAUCCCACCAGAAUGAGUUCUAUUCGGAGCAAGAGCAGCAGGACCUCAGCGAGAGCACCCCUCCGCUCUCGCUCAAGUUCAACCUCCCUCCCGUCGACAACUCCUCUGCCUUCCUCCGUGCUAUGACCGAUGACCACUCCAACCCCAGCUGCCCCAUCAAGCUCGCCCACGGAACAACAACCCUGUCUUUCCGCUUCCAGGGAGGAAUUAUCGUCUGCACCGACUCGCGCGCAACGGCCGGAAAUUGGAUUGCCAGUCAGACAGUCAAGAAGGUCAUCCCAGUGUCGCGGUUGAGUCGGGGUGAGGAUAAGCCGACAAAUGAGCCUACGCCGGGUUUGCUGGGGACGAUGGCCGGUGGUGCGGCGGAUUGCCAAUACUGGCUGCGGUAUUUGAGUCAGCAGUGCACUCUUCAUGAAAUCCGACACAAGCGCCGCAUUACGGUGGCAGCGGCUUCAAAGAUUCUCGCCAACCUGACCUACGCGUACAAGGGAUACGGACUGAGCAUGGGAACGAUGUUAGCCGGGAUGACGCCGCAAGAAGGCCCCGCGCUGUACUACAUCGACUCAGACGGCACUCGCCUCCCGGGCAACCUGUUCUGUGUGGGAUCCGGUCAGACGUUCGCCUACGGUGUGCUGGACGCCGAGUACCGCUACGACCUGACGGAGCGCGAGGCGCUGGAUCUGGGCCGCCGCGCCAUUCUGGCGGCCAUGCACCGUGACGCCUACUCUGGUGGAUUCAUCAACCUCUACCAUGUCAAGGAGGAGGGCUGGGUCCACCACGGCUUUGAUGAUAUGAACCCGAUCUUCUGGAAGACGAAGCUUGACCACGGCGAGUUCUCCAAUGUGACCUCGGAGUUGUGA